AGUCUUUUGGCCUUUAGUCAUACCUUGAAGUUUGCGCUGUAGAUCUAGCCUCCUUGUUGCAGAAACUCUGUUAUACUUCUUCCCAAGAGUGAACCACACUUCUUGAGCCGAGUGAAGGCCAUAGACAGCACGCAUCGCUUCUUUGUUAACCUGGCUCUGAUACCAUAAAGAUCAGAGAGAUACAGACACAAAUGAAGAUGAAAACUUUAACUUUCUUUGUUAUUCAACUUGUCUUUUGCGUUACACAUCACUCUGUUAUUUAUACACAACCUUAAACCUUAUCUUCUAGCUAGGUCACCCAGUGACAGCACACAAUCUUAAACAGCUAAAUCUGUUGCCUGUCUCUAUCAUGUGAGCUGGCUGAACCGUACAACGAGCUCCCUUUGCGUGAGUCUUUGUCGUUAACGCUUCAGCGUUUUUGACCGUUGAAUGAGAUUCCACAUUGGGCUUAGAGUAGUUAGUCUGAUCAUGGGCUUCAUGUCGCAGUCCGUCAGUCUCGGAGCCCAUAUGACUAUUAAUAACACUAAGAACUUUGUGGUAGGAUAUAAUUUAGAAAACAAAACGGAUGCUUCUGUGUAUAUUAAUUAAUAUGUUGCAUGAGUCUGGGGAGAUGUGUUGAUAGUAAAGUACGACACAACAUUUUGGUUUGACUGACAUAAGAAAACCAUAUAUAUAUUAACAUGUGACGAGGAGGCACGAAGAUUAGAUCAAAGAAAAGCAGAGCUGCAUUCUGCAUGCAUAAUAUAUAUCGCUUGCUGCUCUCAUCAGUCAAAGAAAACUAGAGAUAUAUAUAUAUAUAUGGAUGUUGCGGUGAAAUCUGUCAAUAUGUUCUCUCCAUAUCUUAUUUCGUCUUCCCAAAGAAACAAGUCGAUCUCUGCGGCAGAGAUCAUGAAGGAACAAAUAAAGAGUUUCGUGCUUUGGAACUCCCUUUUAAACCAGCACAAAACGAUGCCACUAAACCGGUGGUUACUUAAUUUUCAUCUUAUAUUUGUUGUAUGUUUCAGAAUUCUUUCUGUCCAUGACCAUUCAUUUCCCCAGCGAGGUGAAUUUGGACGUGCUUGAACUGGAGACUUCUUGCAGUAGGAGCCUAGGAGGCAUCCUCCAGUGACCAUCAACCCAAAGAGAGUUAUUAAUUGAUAUAAGAUUUUCUUAUGUCAGUCAAACCAAGAUAUGUUUUAAACCCCGAACUAUUUUUAGAUCUAGUUCGAAAAAAAACCCUUAACUAAAAUUUAGGAGGUGUUAUUGGUUUAUAUAUUUUUAUUGAUUUAAAAAUCCAUAUAGUAUUUAUAAAUCUAAGUAAAAUAUACAAAUUUUCAAAUUUUCUCGGAUUAGUAUUUACAAAUCUGGAGGUUUUCCUUCGGAUUUGGGCCUUUGUAUUUUUCACAAAGAAAUCCAUGUAAAUCCAUUCAAAUACAUUAUGAAAUCAAAUCUAUUAGUAAAUCCGUAUGAUUGAAUAACAUUUGAUUUGAAUUAGAAUUUAUGAAUCAUUAAACGAAUAACACUUGAUUUGAAUUAGAAUUUAUGAAUCAUUAAACGAAUAACACAUGAUUUCAAUACAUAUUUUUAAAUCAUAGAACCAAUAACACUAAAUUUAAUUUGGAUUUUCGAAUCCAUCAAAAUACACCAACCAAUAACCCCUACUUAAUGUUUAUUUUUUUAGUGUAUUAACUCCUCCGUUAACAUUUUCCUGAUGGAAAAACGUUAACUUCAAACGCUUAGUUUCAUUAAAAGUCAAAACUGUAUGUAGUUAUCCAAAAACAUGUGUCAUUAAAUAAAGUAAAAAAUUGAACUCUCCUUUCUUUGAACCCAAAUCCCUUGCAUCCGCAUUUAGUCAUUUGCCACUUGAACUAAUUAAGAAUCAUUGCUUAUGUUCCCAUCUUUAUUAAUUUAAAGCUUUUGUUCUAUUUGAUCUCAAAUCUCGAAGACAAAGACGACUCCUUCUUAUCUUCAACCAACCGAUAGUGAAUAGAAAUCUAUUUUGGCCAAAGCGAUGAAAACGGUUCAAUCAUCACAAGGAGUAAACCGUUCCGGUUAAGAACUGGCUCCGCUCCGUCUUCAACCUCCUCCAACAACACCUCAGAUCCGAAAUACUCAGGUCUAGAGUGGGGUAACAAGAUCGCAGAGCCUGCGGAACUGUCUACAAAGUGAGCGACUGUCUGACGUCUCGCUUAUACGUGCUUUGCAGAAUCAAAUGGACCAUCAAAUAAAAAAGGAUGUAACUACUAACAAUGUUUCUCAGUUAUGAAUGAUUAACUGUGAAUGUAAGGGAACCUGGGUUCAAUCAAAGGGAAGCUCUUUUUCUUACUAUUUUUUUUUGUUUUUAAAUGAUGUGUUGUUUUGGAUAAACAUCGUGUUGUUUUGGAUAACUACAUGUCAUUUUUCUCUUUUUUUAAUGAAACUCAAACGACAUCUCUUAUGUCAAUGACACCAAAGGGAUAUAAUCAUAAAGAAUGGCUUCAGAUAUCAAUCAAAUAUAAGAGUUUCAAAUUAACGUUGUCCAUCCACGAAAAUAUUAACGGAAGGGUUAGUACACUAACGGAAUGCUAGUUUAAGGUUUACAAAUAUAAAAUUUUAGUUGGAGAUUUUUCUUCCCGAUCUAAAAAAUAGUUCGGGGUUUAAACCGCUAAAAAUCCUUGAUAUAAUUAAAAAUUAUUAGAACAAUUUACUUUUUCUAUAUAAAUUUAUGUUAAGUAAAACCAAUGAAAUUUAUUAAUAAUUUAUUUCCAUCUCAUUUACCUUAUCAAAAACAAUUUUAAAUUUAUUAUAUAUAUGUAUAUAUAGAAAUAAGAAAUGAACAUAUCUUGAAAAGUCAAGACAAAAUUUACUCCAUAUAUAUUAUUUCUAAUAUUAUAUACCUAUUUAAAAGUUAAUUAAGAAAUAACUCAGACCAAGAAAAUAUUUCCAAACUAUAAAGAUUUUUUUCCCAUUUUUUCAUGGUCAUAUAAGGGACUUUAUAAAAUCUCAAACUCUUACCUCUGAAUUUCAAUCUAUAUAUACUAUAAGUUGUCCAAAAAACAAAAAAACAUCAAUAUAUACAAUGGAUCUAAACGAGAGCUCCAAUUCUGUCUCAAUGUCUGACUCAAGUUCUGACUCAAGUUCUGACACAAGUUCUGACUCAAGUUGUGACUCUCCCUCUCCCGUCAGGGUACGGGCUACGGUGGGGGAGGAGACCAAAGGGGACGAUACGUUGGUGCAGAGCCUGUACGAUCCCAAAGGGAAGUCGAUCGUACUGUCUGGAACACAUGAGAGAUCCUCGACGAUGAGGUCGUUGAGUAUGGGAGGAGCUGAUCCGACUAGGAGACUUGGAGGAGGGGACUUCAAGGCACAUAUGCUCAUGAUUAAUGCCCGAGAGGAAAUCAUCGAGAAGAUUAUGUCCUUCACGCAGAAUGGAUCUCGUGGGAUCUGCGUUUUGUCAGCAACCGGUGCGGUUUUUAAUCUCAGGAUUCAAUCGCUCGGCUCUAACAGAGUCCUGACGUUCAAGGAUUGUUAUGAGAUAAUCUCGCUGACCAACACAGUGGAGAUAACUGAAAGUGGAGGAGUGAGAAAUGAGACAGGAGUAUGGCGUAUUACAAUCGGUGGAGUUGAUGGUUGUGUCUUUGGUGGUAAUUUAGUCGGUAGACUCACUGCUGCAAGUCAGGUUCAGGUUGUGAUUGGAAGUUUCUGGCCGUUGACCCCAAAUCCGUCUUUGAGGAAGAAAGAUACGUCCACAUCUGUGCUUGUUACACCGACAGUACCAAACGCAGUUGGUUCCUCAUCUGGAGGACAAGUCCAUCAACCAGAAAUGAGAGGCUCUUCUCAUUUUUCGAGCAGCGAGUGGUACAGGAAGUAUUCUGGUUAUAACCCGUAAUCUCAUCUGAAUCUAAGUUAAUAAAAUCCUUGAAAGAGGAUAUUUUCUGCUUUUUAUGUUCUUGGGAGUGUGUAAGACUCAACUGAUGUAUUAAGUGCAUCCAACAAGACAAAAUUUGGUUCAAGUCAUAUUUUCAGUGUUGUCUCUUUUCUUCUGAACAUUCAUCAAACAUUUGGUACAUUGGUUUCUUUAUGAUCCAAUGGAGAUAAUAAAAACUCAUUUAUAUUUAAAAAGAAUUCUUGUCUUAUAAUAUCAUCAACCUUGCUAAAACUUAAACAAAACAUUUCAGAGGAUUUAAUAAUUGAUAAAAAAAAUUAUAAUGGGUUCAAAAGUAUUGUUAGAAAUAUGUUCAAUACUUAGUAGAAACCUAAAAUCGGAGUUAUCUUUUAUAGAACUAAACUAACAGAUUAUCUCUUUGCAUAAAAUAACAAAAUAACAAAUAAAAUAAAAAUUAGCAAAAGAAAAGGAUAAUAUUCCCUUACCACACUGUGCGGUAGAAAGACCAGUCCGCAUGAGAAGAACGGUCAUGGGGUGACCAAAAGAAUGCUCUUUUAUAUAAGCUUGAACAACUGAUGAAUUUGCGAGAUCAUCCAAGUAAGAACAUAACUCUCCCUUCUGGAUCUAACAGAAUCAAAACCAAACCAACUAUAACAAAGAUCAUGGCUACAGUUAAGAGAUGAAACCGUCAAGUAAAAAAUGAUCACAUACCAAAAGAAUCAUCGUAUACAUCUGUAGGAUGGUAACUCACUGGAAACGCGAAUGUAUAGUCCGGAAUGCACAUCAAGAUCAAUUUGAUUUUAAUUUGAUUUUAAUUUGAUUUUAAAUAUUUUAAGUAUACUGUAUUCUAUAUAUGGUAAAAGAUCUUAAGAGUAGUUCUUAUUUUGGCUUUUUUCAUCGGUUUCUAGAUCAUUUUACACUAAAAUUGUUAUGUUCUAUAAUUUCAAAUGAUGAAACAUCAAAUUUCUACAUAUAGGAUAUACCCUUCGCACAAAAACAGAAUGAUGGUUCAACAUACAAAUUACGUAACUAUCAGACAUAGAAAAAUGAACACUGUCUGUGUAAACCCAUUUAUAGAAUACAGUAUAUACUUAUAAUAUUUAAAAUCAAAUUUCCAUCUCAUAUUUAAA